GCCAUCCGGCUUGUGGGACCAGGGCCCCCGGGAGAUGUGCAGCCAUCUCCACCAGCUUUGCCGACAGUGGCUUCAACCCGAAAAGAACACAAAGGGACAGAUGCUGGACCUGGUGAUCCUGGAGCAAUUCCUGGCUAUCCUGCCUUCAGAGAUGGAGAGCUGGGUGCGCGAGUGUGAAGCAGAGACCAGUUCCCAGGCGGUGGCCUUGGCUGAAGCUUUCCUCCUAAGCCAGAUGGAGGAAAAGAAGGAAAAGGCAGAAGGUCAGGCCCUUCAUUUCCUGAGGCCUGACUUGAAGUCCAUCUCUGUGAACCCCGAGGGAAAGAGGGAUAUUCCAGAUCUUUCCCAGGAGCUGGUCUUCAGUGCAAUCUUCCAUGAAGAUCAAAGUCAAGACACUUCCUGUGAGAAUGGAAAGUCCGCAUUCAUAGGUUCUUCUCCUUUUUCUGAUGGAGUUGAAAAAACAGUUGAACCUCCAACUCAGAUUCUUGUCUCUUUAGAGGAAGUGGCUGUGUGUUUCUCUGAGGAGGAAUGGUCUCGGCUAGAUCCUGUUCAGAAAGACCUGCACAGAGAAGUCAUGCUGGAGAACUCCAGAAAUGUGGCCUUUUUGGGAAAUAAUCUUCAAGAGAACAAGGAAGCUGUCCAAAUGUUCAGAGAUGAAGAGAGAAGAAAGGCGUUUUCAUACCCAAUGAAAACAACAGAAAAUGAAAGAAAUCUGUCAAACAAUGGGAGUAAAAGGAGCCCAACCAUUGAAAUUCAAGACUUUCUUCUCAAAGGAGAUCAGAAAGAAAAUCUAAAAGUGGAGAAUGUGGAACCAUUUGAAAACUUAGAUCUAUAUGAACAUUACACAAUUCACAUUAAAGAAGAAGAUCUAGGCCAAGAGGUUGAAAAAAGCUACAAUUGGACUUCUAACAUUUCUUUAUGUGGAGAAGCCAAAAUGAGAAAUAAAGGAUAUAAAAGUACAGAGAAUGAAAAGCAUUUAAGUGGGAGCAGUUCUCUUGUUCCCAGUGAAAGGACUGUCUCGGGGGGAAAACCAUAUAAAUGCAUGGAAUGUGGAAAGAGUUUCAGCCAGCGUGGUAAUCUCAAUUCCCAUAAAAAAAUCCACACAGAGGAGAAACCUUAUAAAUGUGACGAGUGUGGAAAGAGCUUUACUCAGAAGGUUAAUCUUAAUUCCCAUAAAAUGAUUCACACAGGGGAGAAACCAUAUAAGUGUGAAGAGUGUGGAAAGAGCUUUACCCAAAAUAUUCAAUUGACUUCACAUCAGAGAAUCCAUACAGGGGAAAAGCCAUAUACAUGCAUGGAGUGUGGGAAAACCUUCAGGUGGAGCACUCAACUUACUUCCCAUCAAAGGAUCCACACAGGAGAAAGACCAUAUAAAUGUAUGGAGUGUGGGAAGACCUUCAGUGAGAGCAGUUCCCUUACUUUCCAUAAGAGGAUCCACACAGGGGAGAAACCAUAUAACUGCAUGGAAUGUGGAAAGAGCUUCAGCAUGAGCAGUUCACUUACCUACCAUAAAAGGAUCCACACAGGGGAAAAACCAUAUAAGUGCUUGGAGUGUGGAAAAAGCUUUACACAGAACAUUCAACUUACUUCACAUAAAAUGAUCCAUACAGGGGAGAAGCCAUACAAAUGCACAGAGUGUGGCAAAAACUUCAAUACAACCAGCAACCUUGCUUGUCACAAAAGAAUCCACACUGGGGAGAAACCAUACAAAUGUAUACAGUGUGGAAAGAGUUUUACUCAAAAUAUUCAACUGACUUCUCAUGUAAGGAUUCACACAGGGGAAAAACCAUAUGAAUGUAAAGAGUGUGGAAAGAGCUUUACUCAAAAGAUUCAGCUUACCUCUCAUAAAAGGAUCCACACAGGAGAGAAACCAUAUAAGUGCAGGAGAUGUGGAAAGAGCUUCCGUAAUAAUGGGUCCCUUACUCUUCAUGAAAGGAUCCACACUGGAGAGAAACCAUAUACAUGCAUAGUAUGUGGAAAGAGCUUCAGCCGGGGCAGUCAUUUUGCUUCCCAUAAAACAAUCCACACAGGAGAAAAGCCACAUAAAUGCCUUGAGUGUGGAAAAAGUUUCCGUGAAAACACUUCUCUUACUAUUCAUAAAAGAAUCCACACUGGGGAGAAGCCGUAUAAAUGCUUGGAAUGUGGAAAGAGGUUCCGUGAAAAUGGUUCAUUUACCUCUCAUAAAAGAAUCCACACAGGGGAGAGGCCAUAUAAAUGCAUGGAGUGUGGAAAGAGCUUCACAACGAGCAGUAAUCUUACAUCCCAUAUGAGGAUCCAUUUAGUAAAAGACAUGCAGGAGAAUGAGAACAAAAGGAAGUCAAGCAUGUUGACAUCACGAAUAAUGAAACAUGAAAUGAGAGAAGAGAGAUUUGGAAAUCAUGGGGAAUCAAAAUAAAGAAAAUGCAAAUAAGGGAUACCUUUCAAAGAACAUUGGCAGAAGUUCUUCAUGUCUGAAGAUAUGGCCCAGAUGUGGCUACUGAUCUGAUACAAUCACAGAAGAACAAGAAGAGAACUGCCUUUUGUAGUUAUUUUUGUGUGGAACAAAAAUCAAAAAGAAAUUAGAAUCAGAGAGUGGAACUGAGGUAACUACAAUGAACAGAUAGUAGGGAACAAUUUUAGUCAACGAUUCCUUUUUUAUUUUUUGUCCCAAGAAUCCAUCUGGAGAGAAACCAAAUAUAUGUUUGGAGUGUGGAAAUUUGCUUCAGGAAGAAUUUAUAGAAUUCCGAUGUCUUAUAUUCAUGUGCAAAAUACCUUUUUUUUUGAGCAGCCAGCAGGGCCAUUUCUGCCUUUCUGUACUAUGAUCAGAGCCAGAACAAAAUCUACAUUUUAAAAUAACAUUUAAAUAGUUACAGAAACUUGUUGGGAUUAAUUUUUGAUCAGGGCUUAAUUAUUAUCUCUCAUUUUAGCCACAUUGGAAAAUGAGAUGUGACAAAUACUGUAAAUAAAUAAAAUAAAUAUUUU